GGUUUGCCAACCGCCAUUAAAACCAGAAGAAGAAGAAGAAGUCGCUCAGGAAGCAUCGCUAUAUUCACAUGGCGCAUGAAUGUAAACACGAAUAACGAGGAUUAAGUUGAUAAAAGUGUUAUGUUUUAAACACCGCGUCUGGUUUCCCCUCGCAGCGGUUUUAUAAGCGCGGUGUUCGUGAUGUUUGCGCGCGCGCCUGCUCGGUUUGUCCUUCACAGUGUGUGUGCUUCAGUCAGGACUCAGAACUUCUCCCACAGCGCGUGCAGGAGCACAGUGGUUGUGGAGCGCUGGUGGCAGGUCCCGCUGUCGAAGGAAGGCAGUCCUCCGAGACUCUACUCUCGCCGUCACCGGGUUUAUCGCUUUGUGGAGGACACGAAGCACAACAUGAAGGAUAAAAUGGAGCUGCUGCUUACACAGACCGUGCCCAAGCUCGGCGGUCGAGGAGACACGGUGUUUGUGAAGAAGUCUGUGGGACGGAACAAGCUUCUGGCUGAAGGUCUGGCUGUUUAUCCUUCACCUGAGAACAAGGAGAUGUUCACUGAGGAGAGACGUUUACUGCGAGAGGGAAAGAAAGAGGACAGAAUCCAGACGAGGACAGGACAGCUCACGGUGGAGUUCCUGAAGAAGUCCGCUGUGGAGGUGGGAAUCCCGCUGGACGCCCAGCAGCAGUUUCUCCUCACGGAGGAAAUCGUCUGCAGGAAUUUUUUAAGAAAACUGGGCGUGGUCGUCCCUCCGCAUGCUCUGACGUUGCCGGACGAGCCGAUCACACAGUUUGGAGAUUUCUGGUGUGAGGUCACGGUGAACGGCUUGGACACGGUGCGAGUCCCCCUCUCUGUAGGACCGUACGUUGAUCGGAAGAAGAAGCAGCUCAUGAGACUCGAAGCAGCAGCGAUGGAGAAGAAAGCGGAAACCGACGUGGAAUAAAGCUCCGAGUCUCAGUCGGACCUCUCACCUACUUUCACAUCCGUUCUACUAAAUCUAGUGUUUUCUUUC